GUAACAAACCUUAUGUCAAAGAUUAUAUACAUCUACUUUCCACAUUGGUUACAAAUCGCUUAAAUAGGUGGAUGAAAAAAUGAACUAACGCUGUAGUUCUUUUGCAAUUUCCCUAAUAGAAAAACACAGACGAUUGCGGCAAUUUCAGUUUUUGGUAUAAUGAAGUAGUGUAUUCUCCUGAUAAGAAUAAUUUAAUAAAAGCAUUGACGAUCAGUUUAAAUAGCUGAUAAACCUAUUAGCAAAGAAAAAAGUACAUCUAAUUUAAAUACAAUAUUUUUUAAAUGUUUUCACUAAAUCAGUACUAAAUGGAAACACAACUUAAGGUGGAACUUUGCAUCUUAUUUAUAAUAUUGGUAAUUGCAAGACUACUCUUUUUAAUUCACAAAAUUACAACAGGUCACAGCAAAUAUGCUUCUAAUAAGAGAAUAGAACCUUGUAAAACAAUAAUAUGUAUUGGAUCUGGGGGGCACACAACUGAAAUGAUAUCUUUAUUAUCUACAUUAGAUUUCAGGAAGUAUUCUCCUAGAUACUAUAUUAUUGCAACAACUGACACUACUAGUUUAACAAAAGUUGAAUCACUUGAAACAAGUAAAUCUACACAACUUAGAGAGAAGGAUUAUUUCAUUCAAAAAAUUCCGAGAAGCAGAGUUGUACAGCAAUCAUACUUUACUUCAAUUUUCACAACAAUAUUUUCAAUACUCUAUAGCAUUCCACUUGUAUUAAAAAUUAGGCCUGAUCUUAUAUUGUGUAAUGGUCCUGGUACUUGUAUUCCUAUAUGUGUUAUAGGAUUUCUGCUCAAAUCUUUUUUUAUUACUGAUACAAAGAUCGUUUUUAUCGAAAGUUUUUGUCGAACAAAAACAUUAUCUUUAACUGGUAAAAUUUUAGUUUAUUUAGCCGAUAAUUUCAUAGUUCAGUGGCCAAAUUUGAGAAAAAAACUGAAAAGAGCUGAUUACAUUGGUCAGUUAAUGUAAAAAAUUAUGGAUGCCUAAGAAAUACCUAAUAAAUUUCAGGUUUUUUUGAAAGAAUCUUCUGGAAUUGAUUGACAUAAUAGUUCUCUUUGAACAUUUCUAACUGAAGAGUAUUUUCUUAUUCAUACCAUGCCACUAAAUUAACAUAUUCUAAAAAUUGAAAGAAAUCUUUAUAAUUACUUUCAAACUGAUGCCAAUGAGGCAAAAGGAUUAAUAUAUAGCUAGAAUCUUAUAAACAAUGACGAUACAUUAUUUAAUCCUGUGUAUUGCCUCUCCUUUCUUAGAUUACUAUUUCACAUCAUCAGUGCAUCAUGUUCCUAAUAUUAUCUUGAUCUUUCUGAUCCGAUAUCUUUUCAAACUUUCAUGAAAGGUUAUUUAGGCUUCCAGGUGAAGGCAGUAACAAUAUAAACCAACAACAUGGGGUAGUUGUUCCACAAGUUUUGAUGUUCUUGAGCAAAUUAAGGAUAUAGCCUUCGAUGAUCUGGAGUUAAAAGAGAGUCAGUUUCUGUUCAAUAUGGUGUAAGUUUGACUUCUAUCAACUUCCUUUGCACUGUAUCUUAACUAAAUUGUUAAUUAUACCUACAGGAUAAUUAUUUCUGUACUGCUUGUAAAAAAGAUAUUUGCAUAAUGAAUUAUAAAUAUUAACAAACUGUGAAAUUUUGUUGAAUAAUAAAACGGUCUCUGUGUAUUAA